AUGGCACAAACUUUGUUGAUGCCUUCAUUUUGGAAUACUGUUGUGUUUGCCCUUAAGGUCUCGGGUCCUCUUGUCAAAGUGCUUAGAUUGGUUGAUACCGAGAAGAAACCUCCCAUGGGAUACAUUUAUGAGGCAAUGGAUAGGGCAAAAGAAUGCAUUGCAAGUUCAUUUGAUCAUAAAGAAGAGAAGUAUAAUGAAAUCUUCGAAAUCAUUGACAAAAGAUGGGAUGUUCAAUUGCAUCGACCUUUACAUGCAGCUGUGCAUUUUCUUAACCCAGAAUUCUUUUACCCAAAAGCGUUAGAGGUGCAAAGAGAUCAUGAAGUGAUGAAUGGGUUUUAUGAAUGCAUGCAAAGGCUGAGAGUCUUUUUGGCAAGGCUGUUGCGAUUAGGUAAAGAAAUACAAGAGCACCAGUGGAUUAUCGUAGCUGAUUGGUGGGCAUCAUAUGGUUCUUAUACUCCAAACUUGCAAACUUUUGCCAUAAAAGUCCUUAGCCUAACAUGUAGUUCAUCGGGUUGUGAACGAAAUUGGAGUGUAUUCGAACAUCUUCAUAGCAAGAAAAGAAACAGACUGGAACAACAAUAUCUCAAUGAUUUAGUGUAUGUCAAAUACAAUAGAACAUUGAGAUUUAGGUAUGACAUGCGCAACACUCUUGAUCCCAUAUCUUUGCAAAAUAUUGAUGAAAGCAAUGAGUGGUUGCUUGGGAGGAUGGAUGGAGAAUCAGAUGAAAAUAAUGAGCCUGUGUUUGAUGAUGAUGAUGGCUUGACGUGGGCCACUGUUGCUAGAGCUUCUGGAGUAGAAGAAAGUAGCCAUGCAAGUAGAGCAACAAAUUCACGCUCAAAGUCACAACGGAGGAUAUCUAAAUCAUCAACAUUGACUCCACUUCAAUUAAUAGAUGAAGAGGAAGCGGGCUCAGAUGACACAGAGGAGGAAGAUGUUGAGGGAUACAAAUCAACUGAUGGAGAAGAAGAUGAUAGUUUGCUUGCCAUUGAUGUUGAGGAUGAUGAUUGA